AUGGAACCAAAUACCCCUCUCAACCCCUCAAACAACACCACCGAAUUCAUCCCCCUCCCAUCCCAACACCACCCUCCCGCGCGCCUGAACGCUUCAUUCGCAAAACCCACCACCGAGGGCGACACGACCUCCUGGGAACCAGCCGAGGCGUGGGACAACCCCAUCUGGGGCUGGCUCCUCCUCAACCCCUCCACCAAUGAUCUCUACUUCUUCGACCGCGACGGGUCCUUCCACUGCGAGCUUCGCCUAGACGACCCUCAAGCACUAGUUGAGACGUCGCACGAUGUCAGCGCGCCAAACCAACUACAACGCCUCCUUGACCAUUUGAGGAACGAAACCGCCUUCCGCGCCCUCAGCAACAUGCUCGCUGUCGCCGUGUCCGGGAAAGAUUCGGACGUUUACGCUGAACUCGCGGACUCGUCUCUCCCUGGUUAUCCGUUUGCGUUGGUUACGGUGGCGUUUGGGGUCGAGCUCGCAACUGCAACCCUAGCGCCUGAAGAUGCCGCCCACCUCCCUGCGUUCAAGCUGGAGCUCGGCAGCGCCGAUAGGAGCUACGACGGCCUCGUGGGCUCAUGGCCCUGCCUCUCCACCAACUCCCUCGCCUUCGACUUCAGUAAAUUCUGCACCCACGUCGCCCUCCUUUUGGAUGGCUCCUAUGCUCCAGAGCCGAGUUCAGCUAGCCCCGUCGAGCUUAUCGCGCCCGCCAAUUACCCCUCCCUACCCCCUUCUCCUCCCCCUCUCGCCACCUCCACUGAAGCACCCGCAACCGCGCAACGCAAGAAUCUCACGGUAUUCGGCGCGCUUGUUGACCCUUCCACACCCCUCCACGCCGCCUGCGAGGGUUUGGAAACGAAGGAGCUCAACCUCGAGCCGUGGGUGCGGGAGCGUGCGGUUGAGAAGAUUAAAGUGUUUUUUCACGCGCGCUCGGUUGAUGGGAUAAGGAAUGUGGCGGGGAUGAAGAUUGGUGGUGGUGGGGUGGGUGAGGGGGCGACGGAUGGGGAUACGGCGAAGGAUAGGGGCAAAGUAGCGUCGCUGGGGACGGCGGAGUGGGAGUGGUUGCAGCCGUACGAGAAGAAGAGGGAAGGAGGUGGGCUGGGAGAGGAGAGGCUGGGGGAAGAGCGGCCCAGGUUUGAAGCGGGGGCGGGUGGGGCGUUGGAGGGGUUUUUGCUUGUUCGGAAGCCGGGAGGUGGGGAGGGCUGA